AUGAUGAAGGUCAUUGCAGCUGUAAUGGAGGAAAAUCUCAAAGACUUCUUACCUGGAGGCAUGUACUGCAAAGAUCCUUCUGGGGAACUUGUGGAACAGUUUGCUAGCUGCACGUUGUCCCAGUUGAUGGAGGAAUACAGCUAGAAGACAGAUAUGUGGUGGAAUAAUGCUGCGGUCACACAUGUUUUGGUGGCCUUGUUCGGAAUGGGAUCAUGGAUAGCUGUAAACUCGUUUUGGGUUGAACUGCCGGUGGUAGUAAACACUUUGCCAGAAGAAUGGAAUUUGCCAGCCUAUCUUUCAGUGCUUAUUGCCUUUGGUAAUGUGGGUCCAUUGGCUGUCACUAUAACCCACCACUUUGCUCCCGGGUGUCUGAAUGAGCGUGUGCUUAUUCAUGCCAUACAAGUCCUGGCAGUGGUUGCUUCAGCCUUUCUCGCCCUCUUCUGGUCGGAAGUAGCUACAGUUGCCGGUGAACCAAGAUCCGUGGCCUUCCUGCUGCUUUCUGUAGUGCUGUCAACCGUGUGCUGCACCUCGAAUGUUACCUUUUUGCCCUUUAUGUUCCGUUAUCCUCCACAGUACAUCAGGACGUUUUUCGUUGGCCAGGGGCUCAGUGCGCUCUUCCCCUGUAUCGUGGCACUAGGGCAGGGUGUAGGAAAGGUCGAGUGUGUCGAGACAGAAAAUGGCACUCAGCCUCAUUAUCUUAAAGAGAACUUCCCAGCCCAGGACUUCUUCUGGUUCCUGUUUGUGAUGCUGGCUAUCUCUUCACUCUCCUUCCUGGCUCUGACAUACACAUUUUCAACAUCUACUGAAGCGGAGGUCCGUCAGGUCCCAGAGCAAGAGACUGAGAAAUAUCAAGGACCAGAGGCACACCCGUUACAAAAUGAAGAAUCUCCAGUGUCUGAGGAACAAGUUGAAGUGGAGAAAAUGAACCCUGAUGUGUCCUUCUGGACUUUAUGCAAUAUCUACCUGCUCAUGCUGCUUGGAAUCUCCACUGCUUUGACUAAUGGGGUGUUGCCAUCAGUGCAGAGCUUCUCCUGCCUGCCAUAUGGCACCAUGGCUUUUCACCUCUCUGUUGUCUUGGGAAACCUCGCAAACCCUCUGGCAUGCUUUGUGGCCAUGGCUGUUCUGCUAAGGUCUAGUGUUGGCCUUAGUUUUAUGUCUCUUGGAGGAGGGCUGUUUGCUGUCUAUCUGCUGUCUCUGGCUGCUCUUAGUCCAUGUCCACCCCUAUUGGGAACACACACAGGAGUGGCUUUGGUGGUGAUCUCAUGGAUCAUCUUCACAGGCUUGUUCUCGUAUGUGAAGGUGGUGGUUAGCACUCUUCUUCAUGAGGCAGGACAUACUGCUUUGCUCUGGUGUGGAGUUUUCAUCCAGGCUGGCUCUCUCAUCGGAGCACUUUCCAUUUUCCCGCUAGUGAGUGUGUACCAGGUAUUUCAGCGAGCUCAAGACUGUGUGAACACCUGCAGCUAGCACCAGUGUCAACCUUUAAUCACAUUCACUUAUAGUGCCUAUAUGAAGUGAGUGGAAUUACAUGUGGAACGUAUCAGCCGGAGUGCAGAGCCUUUGCAAAUA